AUAUUUGCGACUCCGCAGCAAAGCGGCCAGGGCGUAAACGAAGAAACGAAGCCGAAGAAGAGGGCUUUUCUCUCGUGGAGCAUACUAAUCUUAUCCUUAUUCCAAGCCACAGAUGGAUCGGUACCAGAAGGUUGAGAAGCCUAGAGCAGAGACACCCAUUGAUGAGAAUGAGAUUCGGAUUACUAGCCAGGGAAGGAUGCGAAGCUACAUCACUUAUGCUAUGAGUCUGCUUCAGGAAAAAGGAUCCGAUGAGAUUGUGUUCAAGGCCAUGGGUAGAGCAAUCAACAAAACUGUAACUAUGGUGGAGCUUAUUAAGAGGAGGAUUGUUGGCCUUCAUCAAAUUACAGCUAUUACAUCCACUGAUAUCACUGAUACAUGGGAGCCCCUGGAGGAAGGCCUCCUUCCAUUGGAAACCGUCAGGCAUGUUUCAAUGAUUACAAUUACUCUCUCUAAGAAUGAGCUUGAUACAAAAUCUGUCGGGUAUCAGCCACCCAUACCAGCAGAUCAGGUGAAGGUGUUUACAGAGAUUGAUUAUGAAGGAGGUGAAGGAUCACCUAAUGUUCGAGGAAGAGGCCGGGGUGGUAGAGGAAGAGGCCGAGGUGGUAGAGCUGCAUCUGGAAAUGGUUAUAUGGGUAUGGAGUAUGAUGAUGGUGGUUAUGAUAGAAGUCGCAACUAUGGUGGUAGGGGAAGGGGUCGGGGUAGAGGCCGCUAUUUCCGCGGACGUGGAAGGGGCGGUGGUUACAAUAGCCCACAGUUUGAUACCCAACAGGAUGGUGGCUACAACCACGAGGCUCCUCCUCAGGGCCGAGGCCGCGGUCAUGGAAGGGGGGGACCUCGGGGGAGAGGGCGUGGAUUCAAAUCAAAUGGGCCGAUCCAUGCGGUAGCUGGAGGUGCUUAGUUGGUCAAAACCAGAAAGCAUUACAGCAACUAUGAUGUUCUAAGAGUGCCUGCUCAAAUUCUCUAUGUUAUCCAGUUUUUUUCUCAAAUUGUUGCGAGUAUUUAACUUUUAGGAUGAUAUUGAAUUGAUCCUAUAAUCAUUGUAGACUAAUUUUAGAAAUUGUGUCCACCUGUUUGUGGUGAGCCUUUUUGUUCUCCCUUUUUUUUUUCUUCUUUUUUGUUUUCUUUUACCAUUUUUAUUAGUUUGUUUUUAGGUGUUUGUUUAAAGUAGAAAGGACUUGUGAGCAGCACAUUCUUUAAUUUAUCUGUUAAGACAAAGGUUGUCACAUUAGCGAAAUGUUCAUUUUUGUUAA